AUGCUCCGUGAAAGUUCAACGUACCUUGGGGCCAUCCUCUUUUGCGUAUUCUUCUCUUUGGAGGGGUGCGACGUUGAGACGAAGGAGGAUGUGGAUAGAAUGGUUUCCUCUUGGCUUGCCCUGGCCUUUGGCUUUACAUUUCCGCCGCUUCUCUUUCUUUAUAUAGCUUGGAAGGAAUGCGGCAAGGGUCGGAAGAAGAAGACGGACAAGUUUAUUACUGCCGGUUUGAGCAUGUUUGGACUGCUUUCUAUCAUUAUGUGGGUGCUUUAUGUGGGCUUUGCAGCUUCAAAAACCUGUGAGCGACUGUAUGCCUUAGAGCCGCAGUCUUGCCCCGUGCAAGAAUGGAUUCGGCCACUCCCACCUGGGUUUUCUGCCGAAGAAUGUUGCAGUACUGCACAAGUCAAGAGCACUACCGAGAUUGAUGCCAUCAAUACCACAAUGACUACCAGCACGACAAGUGCGUGGUGUCCUCUAGGACUUUUUGGCGACUCUUGUGAGAAGCAUGUCGCAGUCUUUAAUGACAGCAAGCUGUGUUUGGAAGAAUAUGUCGAUGCACCUCUUUGUGAAGGGCUGAUCUAUGCAUCAGCAGAUUCAAGCCUGUGCAGCAGCUCCUGCAAUGCGUGGAAGAGAAUCUUCGAAGCCACAGCCGUCAUGUAUGAGGCAGAGUUGGGUGACCUCAUGGUGGACGCUGUGGGUUUGGCAUAUGCAAUUGUACUAGGGUUCUAUUUUUGGCGCAAAGGUGAAGAAGCUGUGGCUAAGAUCAGAAGCAUUUUGAUCCUUUGCAUGCUAGGGAAUUUUUUGGCAGACUUCGUGCUUGAAGUGACCGUUGUGGCUUCUGUAUCCGAAGCACGAGUUUUUAUGGAUCAAGUGAAGAAUGGUUUCUGCUUCUCACAGGGGGAUGGAUAUGAUACCAUCGUCAAGCUGGCAGAAGCUGUGGACUGGGUAUCGCGCUUUGCUGUUCUGAACGUUGUCUUGGCUGUGGUGGGUGCUGCUUGCGACCUGGGACAAGGUUUUUCGGAAUUGAAGGACAGGGAGUCAUUGACUUUGACUACUCAAGUGUUCACUGGCAUUGCUGCUUUGGCCGAGUUUGUCAUUGGUUUCGUAAGCUUUCUUGCCAACACCAUUGAGCUGAAGACCGGCUUAGAGGCGAUGCAAAAGGCCGCCUUGGGGCUCCAUGAUUUGGAGCAAGGAUUUGCUUGCUUCGUCCGCCAUCCUGAUCUACCGAGGAUAGAAGCGCCCAUGAUUGGAACCUCUGGGCCCUUCUGGUUGAUCGCUUUCCCUGCCAUCCUGGUCGCUUUGUCCUUCUCCAUGGUGGUGCCUUGCAUGUAUCGUGGAUAUCUCGCUAGGAUUGCACAGGAGGAGAAGGACAAAAGGGUCAGGACAGCUCAAGCAAAGCAGGAAAGGGAGGACACUGAAAAGAAGGAGAAGGAAGACCGAGAGCAUCAGCUUGAGGAAAGAACAGAUGAGGUCAAUGAUCUUAGCGGAAAGCUGACGAAUGCUGAAGCUGAUCUGGUCAAGGAAAGAAAAAAGGUGGAACAAAAAGAAGAAGAGCUGCAGAAAGCCAAAGCUGACCUGGUCAAUGAAAGAAAAAAGGUCGAACACAAAGAAGGAGAGCUGCAGAAAGCUAAAGCUGACCUGGUGAAGGAAAGGACCAAGGUGGAACAAAAAGAAGGAGAGCUGCAGAAAGCUAAAGCUGAUCUGGUCAAUGAAAGGAAACAGGUAGAACAAAAAGAAGAAGAGCUGCAAAAAGCCAAAGCUGACCUGGUCAAAGAAAGGACCAAGGUGGAACAAAAAGAAGGAGAGCUGCAGAAAGCCAAAGCUGACCUGGUCAAGGAAAGGACCAAGGUGGAACAAAAAGAAGGAGAGCUAGAGACAAUGAAGAAAGCAAGGAGAGCAGCGGAGGACAAAUUAUCCACAAAAGAUGUCGCGAUCUCCCUUGUUGAUGACAAUGCCCUCCGGCGCUAG